AUGCAAGAACGACACGCACUCUCUCUCUCUCUCUCUCUCUCUCUUACCGUGCUAGCACAAGACGCGAUCAAUAGCGCCGCUCUCGCUCAAAUAGCCUGUGUUGCGCCGUUGCCGUUUGCCGCUGGGAGGGGGGGGGGGGGUCGUCGUACGUUGUCGUCGGCGUCGGCCAAGGUCCCAAUCACUUUUCGCUUUUCCCGAAGAGGGCGUCAGGGCCCUGGUCAGAUGAACAGUGGUCAAGCUGUGAAAGCUGCCAAAGCUGCGAAAAGCUGGGAGUCAGGUUGA